AUUCCUCAGAGGGGACAUGUACACUGAUCAUCAGGGCACUGAUGAUCAGUGUGCCCUGAUGAUCAGUGUAGCCCCAGCAGUGCCACCUGUCAUUGUCCAUCAAUGCCAGCUGUCAGUGCUCAUCAGUGCCAGCAGUCAGUGCCCAUCAGUGCCACAUCAAUGCCACAUAUCAGUGCCUACCAGUGCACAUCAAUGCCACAUAUCAGUGUCCAUCUGAGCUGCCUUUCAGUGGCACCUAUCAGUGCCAGUCAGCGCCACAUAUCAGUGCUGCCAAUCAGUGCCGCCUAUCAGUGUGCAUCAGUGCCACCUAUCAGUGCCCGUCAGUGCUGCCUUUCAGUGCCAGUCAGUGCCACCUCCCAGUACCACCUAUCAGUGCCAUAUGUGAGUGCUGUCUUUCAGUGC